AUGGCCAGCAUAGCUAACAUCCCAAGUGUGAAACUGAACGGAGACGUCUCGAUACCAGUGCUCGGCUACGGGACUGGCACAGCCUGGUUUAAAAAGCCUGGCGAGACCGGCGUCAAUCGCGAACUCAUCGAAUCGAUCAAGGCCGCUAUCAAGCUAGGCUACUAUCACCUUGAUGGAGCCGAAAUAUACAAAACAGAGGCUGAGCUGGGCCUUGCCAUUAAAGAGAGUGGUGUUCCAAGAGAGAAGCUCUUCGUAACGACCAAGGUGUACCCGAAUAUAGCUGAUAUACCAAAGGCUAUUGACUCUAGUUUGGAGAAAUUACAACUCGAUUACGUGGAUCUAUACUUGAUCCAUGCCCCUUUCUUCGCAGAGUCCGAUGAGAAGCUGCAAGAAAAAUGGGCAGACAUGGAGAAAGUGAAGGAAUCCGGAAAGGCGAGGGCAAUUGGCGUCUCCAACUACAUCAAACCGAACCUCGAGGCCACAUUGAAAACAGCCAAGAUCACCCCGGUAAUCAACCAAAUCGAAUUCCAUGCCUACCUUCAGCAUGUCGACCUGCUCGAAUUUCAGAAAGAGCGAGGCAUCCUGGCAGCUUCCUACGGACCUCUUACUCCGGUCAUUCGCGCGUCAGGUGGACCGGUGGAUACGGUGCUCUCGGCUUUGGCCAAAAAGUAUGCUGUCAGCGAGGGCGAUGUUGCGAUUCGCUGGGCGAUCGACCGCGGCCUGGUGGUUAUUACGACGAGUAGCAAGGAAUCUCGCCUCACCGAAUACUUACGCACCGUUAGGUUCAAUCUGACGCCGCCUGAAGUGGAUCAAAUUACUCAGCUUGGUCUUCAGAAACAUUUCAGGAACUUCUGGAAGGACAAGUUCUCGCCAGACGAUCGCUCGUAG